UGGAAACAGCCGCACCCGCCCAACAUUUCUUCCAUGGAUUAUGAAACGCACCCCCCAAUCGUAGGGCAAACAUGGCCGCAGUGGCCGAGACUUUCAUUCCGGGUCCCGUAUAUAGAUAAAUAGAAUACAAUUACUGUUAUAAUUACGAGUGUGUAAACUAUACAUUUUUUUAACUCCUAUUAUCACUAAUAAUAUUCAGUUACAUCGCCAGACGGUAAGCAAAGUCGCGCGAUAUGCCCAGAGGCGUGUCUCGAACGUCGUCGUCGUCGUGCAAUUGUAGACGUUUCGGAAUAAUAAUUUAUUGUCGUCACGGUAUUCGUCGAUCAUAAUGUCAGAACAAUAAUAAUUAAUAUUACUAUGUGCGGUAAAUCGCAUGCGUAAAUCUUCCCAAGUGUCAACCGCUGUCCCGUUGGAGACAUUGCCGAUUUUUAUGCGUAAGUAAAUAUACGUUUCUAUAGAUAAGAACGGUAUAGCCAGUUUUUCUACCGCCGUUGCCGUAUAUUGCCAUUGAUAAGGCUAGAUUUUAUCUCGAUUUUUUAUGUCAAUUAUUCAUCAUCGGGCUAUUGUCUGUCGCCUAAACAGGGGUGGGGGUACUCACGGAUAUCCUUUUUUUUCCCCUAACUCGCAGGUUUCAUACUUUUGAUGCCAACAGCUAACAGCAACAUAAUCUUUAUUAUUCCACACGCCAGUCGCCCCCAGUGUCACUAUCAUACAACGCCCAUUCUGAAUUUCUGACAACAAAAAAUUGAAAAAAAAAAACUAACACCUACAGUGGUUUUUUUUAAUUUUAAUAAUGCACCUAUAUUGUGUAUUAUUAUCGUAACAUAUUUUGCCAUGCUCGCCCGGGCUAGACGUGAUAAAGUUAAUUUGAUUGAUAAUGCAUUAUAUCGACACGGUAUCUUCUAAUACAUUAUUGUGUCACGGCGUGCGAAAAUCAAUUGCGUCCGAUCAACUAACACUACUACUGUUACUAUUACUACAUGAUGUGUUCCAACGAAAAUAUUAUGAUGGAAAAGUGUACAAAUCUAUAUGUUCGUAAGAUACCAAAACAUAUCUAAUGUUAAUUUCUUUUCGGUUUGAAAUUUCAAGUUGAUAAAAUUCUCAUGAUUUCUACCAGCACGCCUUAUAUAAUUAUUAUUCUAAAUAAAUGUUGAUAAGUGGUUUUUUUUUUAAUUUCAGAAUAACAAUUAAAAUGAACCGGUGUAAUAUUAUGUUAAUGUUAUAAAAUUCCUACUGUAAAUUAAAUACCUACUAUCAAGAUGUGGAACAUGAUGUGUGAUGUUAUGCCGACCAUAACAGAAGACAAUAUCAGUCAACUCCAUCAGUAUACUGGCGAAGAUGUUCGCAUUAACGAGUUUAUGGAUUCAGUUGUUGAUGAACGUAACAAACUUCUAGAGUCUCUAAGUAAAAAUCAAAUCAGGCUUGAUGAGACUGAAAAACAAUUGGCUGAAGUGGAAAGCGACAGAAAUGCUUUGCAAAGACAAAUAGAUGCUACAUUUCCAAAGGUUUGUAAUAUUACUUACAUAAUGGCUUGUUAAUAUUUUUAUCCUUAAAAGCUGUUUGGAACUAUCUAACCAUCAGUUAACCAACAGAAUUUUGAUAGUUCAUAGAAAAAAUAAUUACCGGUUAGAACUAAUAAACACAUGACGAGACAUUUUUAAAUGGCCCUAAAUCAGUAAAUGUUAUAAAAUUAUAAUUAUUAGGUAGGUAUACUUAAUUGGACAAAAAUUAAGAUUACUUGACUGUAGAUUUAUGUAUUACUGUAAAUUACACUCUUAUUUGCUUUGUAUUAGGUAUUCUAAUAGCAUAACUACCUAACUGAUAAAUCAUUUUAAUAUUAUAUUUUAUAUACAAAUCCUUGAGUUUUCCAUAAAAUAUUGUUUAUGAAAUUAUAAACUUGUAUUAGAAUAUCUUAAAAAUGUGCCUACCACUUAAACUAACAAUAUAUAAGUAUUGUAAGCUACAUUAGUUCCAUUAACAUAAUAUUAAUUAAUUUUAACUGGUUAUCAUCUAUAUAGACAACAGAAAUAUCUAUUUUCUUUAUCACGAUAUUUGAGAAUGGAUUUUAUUUUAUAUCCUAAUGGCCGGCGGGUUGUGAAAAUGUUGAUUUACAUAAUCAUUAGUGCUCUUACAGUUCUAUAAAUAACAUAAGGUGUUUCUAGAGUACUCAAUAGUGCUAAAUACUCUGUAAAUGAUCUCUUAUAGGACCUAUCAUUUACAAGUAAAAUGUUGUAUCUAUAACUUUUACAGGUAAUUGUUAUUGUAUUUCAGAUUUUAAAAAAUUGAAAUACAAAACAUAAUUUGAACAUGACAUACUCUAUGGUAUAAUGUGAAGAAAAUGGUGUUAUGUUUUUUUCUUUUUUUUGAGUGAAAAUGUCAUAGUUUUAGAUUGGUUUUACUAAGAUGUUUACUUUUUUCUUCUAGUCUUUGGACAUGUUUUUUCCUAGUAAACUUGCUUUGAUUUUACGUUUGGCAACUUUUCUGAAAACUGAAGUUGUCUAGAUGGUACUUUAAAGAAGUCAUUUUUUGAUUUCCGACACCAUUUUUUAUAUAAAAGCACUUAAGUGAGGAAAAAAUGUAGGAAAAUGUAUAAUUUCACGAUUUCAUAUUUUAUAAAAACACGGAUGAUGUUUUCUAUCAGAAAAAAUGAUUUAAUCAAAAAAUCACAAGACACCUUUUUUGUUGCCUUUUUGAUUUACUUUCUUAUGUUAUCAUCAUCAUUUCAUCAAGCAACGGUUUAUCGUUUGAUUAGUACUGGUUUGAUAAUCGUUGAUUAUGAUAAAUUAUGAGAAGGAACAAGAUUAAAUAUUAAUUUUACACAAACCAGUUUAAACUUUCCAUAAAUAAAUAAAUAAAUGUGGUUUUGAUAUUUUUGAUAUGAUUUACACAAUUAAAAGAUUUUAUACAACAACUUUAUUUAUAGAUAUUAGAGUUUGAUUUUCAAAUUUUGUUCUGAAUUGUCUUCAUCUGCUUCGCCGUUAUCUGUGUGCAAGUAUCAUCAGCCACUUCUUAUUAUUGUUUUCUAAUUACAGUAAAAAUGAUUUCCUACUAUCAUUUAAAUUUUAAAACAACUUUUAUUUUUUCUAUUAAAAAUUAUCACAUUCAAGUUUUAAAAACAUCUUUGUAAAACCAUAAGCUUCUUCAUUCCACUCAGAAUUCAAAAAUAGUACCUCUUUACAUCAUAUAGUCUUUUAUAACAGGUGUCAGAUAGAACAAACUGUAAAGUAUAUUAUAAAUUUAUUUUAUAUAUAUAUAUUUAAUUACAUAAUAUUAUAUUACGUAGUGAGAAGAUAAAAUCAGUUUUGUGUUGUAUCCUAAUUUCUAUACAUAUAUACAUAUUAAAAAGUAUCUUCUCUUACUGACUGACUAGUAAUCAAGUAGUAAUUGAAAAUUGUAUUAAGUUCUUUAGUGUUUUUUUGUUUUAAAAUAUAAUAUUGUAUAUCUAAGUAUCUAUUUAAUUUAUAAUAGUGAACAAAGGUAAUACGCGUAGGUAUUAGUACAUAAUAUUAUUAUGUUUACUACGGACAAUUAUAAAAUGUGAUUAUACUUACUUAAGAGUUAAGUGCUAUUUAUAUUAAUAAUUCUGAAAAUAAUAUAAUUUAAUUUAAUUUGUAAGACCCUAAUAUAAAAAGACAGACAUACUUGGCAUGAUGGUUGAGUCACUGUUAUAGGUGAGAAGUUAAGAAGGUAGAGAGAGGAAUAUAAUUUAUAUCUGUAUGCAACGAUAAACCAUUGCUAACAAAAACGAUUUAAAGUGAAAUUUGUUAUAUACAUAAUACAUGUAUGUACAUUUUUCUAUUUUUCCUAAGUUUUUCCUCUAUAAUGUACCUCCCAAAUAGAAUUUCUUUCUGAGAAAGAUAGGUACUACACUUGUAAAUGGGAGUAGGAUUUCUAUAAAAAAAGUUAUUUACAGUUAAAAAAAAUAAAAUGAAAAUCAUUGUAAAACUAAUAGAUUCCUUGCUACGAUCAGAAUCUUAAUAUAUAUAUAAAUCUGUAUUACAAUUAUCUAAUAAAAUUGUAUAUUAUAAGAAUCUAAGUAUGCACAUUAGAGUUAAAACUUAAACAAAUAAUUAAAAAGUUUAAUAUAUAUAGAUAAUUAAAUUAAUUGAAUAUUUAAUAUAAUUACCUAAAUAAGUAAGUAAUUAAUAUUUUUUAUUCAAUGUGAAGAAUAUAUAAAUUUAAAUAAAAAUAAUUUAGCACUAGAUGAUCCAUUUAAGUGGGUACAUUCUUUACGUCGGAAAGUAUUUACUUUUUUUGAAAUUUAGAGAAUUAUUAUUUUAAUACUAAUUUGUGGGAGCAUAUCAAUAGCACAACAUAGGAAUAAUACAACUACAAUUUUUCUAAAUUUAUUUUAGAACAUCAAAGUGCAGAAUCUAUUAAUUUUACAUUGAUUUAUAGUUUUUUUUGUCUAGAAAACUUAUUUGUGAUCAAAAAAUUGCUGAAAAUUUCAUAGACAGAUAAUUAAACAUGAUGCACAUUUAUGGUACUCUAAUAUUAAUAAUAAUAAAUAGUUUAUUUUACAUUAGUUUAAUAUUAGUAUACAAUAUUGCAGCACCCCCCCCCAUAAGGAUAAGCACAGCUCCUACUGGGAAAGCAGUUCUUAAAAGUUAUAUAGUAAAGUUACAAUAUAAUAAAAAUAAAGAUACAAUAAAAGUUAAUUUUAAAAUAGUAUUAAGGGACAAUAUUUAGAAGUCAAUCAAAGCAAUUGAAUUAUUAAAAUUAAAUAUAUUUAUAUUUAAUGAAAUACAUAAAUUCAGAAAUUUUAUAUAUAAUAUAUAUUUUUUUCUCAAGAACUUUUGCAUAAUUAAGUAAACAUAAAUUAAUAUUUUGAUUAAAUCUGAUUUUAUGAUCAUGAUCGAAAAUAGGAAUUAAUUGUUAGUUUACAUAACUGUACUAAAACAAAGAAAUUAUAAAUAAAAUUUUAAAUUGUUUAAAUUUAGUGCAUUUUAUAUUAAUAUUUUGCUAGUUAAAAUAGGUAAAUUCAAUAAAUAGUUUAUAAUACAAUUUAUAUUAAACUUAAGUCUAUCUAAAUAAUUAUUAAGAGUUCCUUUAGUUUAAAAGUAGGUUAGAACUAAUAAACUAGGUAAUUAAUAUUAUACGACCCUUCUAAAACAAUGAAGUUUACCAAUAUGUGAUAUGUACAUCUUAUUUUUUUUAAAUUCUGUGUGUAUCAAAGAAGCUGACUUAAGUCUAACUAGUUAGUUCAUUAGUUCUACUAGUAUGUAUACUUUUUUAUUUGGGAAACACUAUAUCCUUUGUUGGAUCAGUUAAAUUAUGCAAAAUUCCUCAAGGUGGUAAACAAUACAGAUUUGUUGGUAGGUAGCACUUUAUUUGAAAAAAUGUUGAGAUUCUCAAGUGACAACAAAUGUUACAUAAAGGGUUAGGUUAGGUAAUACUUUGUUUUUUUUUUUUUUUUUAUAAUUACUUUUGAAUUAUCUACUACAAGGAAAAAACAUGAGUACCUACUUACACUACUAAUAACUCUUCGAUCCAGAUAGUAUUUUGAUUGCAGUCCAUUAUCACUGCUUUCAGUAUAUAACUUAAAUCACUCUAUAGACAUAUAUUAAAUCUUUCCAAUUUCCAACCUACAACACCGUCCUAACUAUGGUGCAAAGCAUAUCCCGCUUUUUUAAUACUAUUAUUUUAACAUAUAAAAUAUACUAUUAUGCUAAAAAUGUUAUUAUUAUUUUUUAAUUGUGUUGUAGUAUGUACAUAUAGAUAAUUACAGUUACAGUUCUGCAGUAGGUAGGUACAGAUGAUAUAAUGUUAUGUCUAAAGACCGGAUUUUACAUGAAAUGCAUGUUGCUAUUUUCAACAUCAUACAUGCAGUUAAUGAGUGUCCAAAAAUCAUUACCUAACUAAUUAAAUAUCAACAUUUUAUGUUGCAUAUUCUGCAUAUUCUUACAUAUUUUAAUAAAAAAUGAUGUCGAACAAAUACAAAAAGAUAAUAGGUAUGUUAAUAUAUCAAAUAUUUUACGGUGCUUGGCUAGAGUCAGCCUUUUUUUAUGCAGAUCAUUUUGUAGAGUUUAAAAAUGUAAUUGAAAACUUAGAUGAUAAAGCAAAAAGCAUUUUUAGCACAAAUUGUAAAUCAAUUUUAAAUAAAUUAAAUGUAAAACAUGAUCUUGCUUACAUUAAAGCACAUUUUCUAUGUAUCGUUAAAAGCAUCAAAGAGCUUGAAAAUUCUAAUUUGACACUUGUAGACUCGUUAAACAUUUUAAAACAAGUAGAAAAUUCUAUCAAUGAACUUCCUACGAGCACAAAUAAUACAAUAAUUAAAACAAAAUUUAAAAAUAAAGGACUAAUGGUUUUAAAAGAAAUUUCGAAAAUACUUCAAGGUGACAGUGCUAACUUCAAUGAUUUGUCUGUUCCAAAUUAUUCACCGGAUGUAUUAGCCAAUUUUAAAUAUGCACCAAUAACCAGUGUUGACGUUGAACACAGUUUUUCAUCUAACAAGUACAUCCUUACAGAUCGUCAUCAUAAUUUUAUAGAAAUAAACUUGGAACACACUUUAAUAACUUAUUGUUUUUCCAAUUAACAUGCCUACUACAUUAAAUUUGUUGUUCUUUUUCCCCAUUAUAUACCAAUAUGUACUAUUUACUUAUUUAUUUUUUUUGUUUAUGGACAUUUUAAUAAAAUUAAUAAUUAAUUAUCACUGCAAAAUUUAAAUAAAAUUUUAAACUUUAUUAUGCUUGAUGCCCAAUGAAAAAUAAUUCGUUCUGUCUUAUUCAAAAAUCUAGUGCAUUAUCCCCCUUUUCCCACGCUAUUGUAUUACCCACCCUUAUUGGAUCGAUAGGCCCGGCAGUGUUGACCUGGUGCCCUACUUCGGGAGUGUUCUACUCUCCUCUUACUCAGUUUUUAAGUUUUUUAUUAUACUCCUGAUAGUCCCGUUUUAGUCGAUUUAUGUUACGUUAUUUAUAGUCCUAUGCACAUUGCGGCAUUGUCGCAUUUACCUACCUACCUAAUAUAAUACCUACCUACUAUAAUAUAAUAUUAAAUGUUUCAAAUUUAUUUUUAAGGUUUUGACCGUACAUUUGAUUACUAAUUGUAAUGAGCUUUAUAUAAAAAUAAUUUUGAAAUAUUCUGAGUAGAACUAUGCUAUUCGAUUUUAUUUUAUUUUUUCAAUUGAUUAUAGAAUCUUUAUCGAUUGUGUAAGGAUAAUCUUUAAUUUAAAUAUUUUAAUUUUUGAUCGAUUUUGCAAAUCUCACGGAUUUUCGAUAUGAUUCGAUACCAUUGAAAUUGUUGAGUUAAUUUAUCCAAUUCAAUAAAACCCUAUUGUUAGAAUAAUAAGAAUAAAUAAAGUGCCGGCAACUUCACACGGGGGUGAGCCCCUAUUGUAAGUGAGAAGUUUGGAAGGUAAUAAAGGGGACAUUUAAUACAUAUCUGUAAGUAACGAUAAACAAUUUCUAACGAAAAAACGAUUCUGAGCGGAGUUCAGUUUAUAGUGUUGCUUCGUCAACAAUAUAAAUGUCAUAUUAUGGUAAAAUAAUUACAUAGGCAUUAUAUAUUUUCUUUAAUAAUAUCAACUUUCUCGCCUGGCGUUGUCCCUGCCAAUUUUUAUUAUUUUUUUUUUUUUACCCUUAUUCCUUCUUGCUUUUUCCGUGUCAGUAAUAAGUAAAAACAAACAGGUGUAGAGUAGUUAAUCUACCUUCGGCGGAAUAAAAGUGUUCUGUUAUAACAUUUUUUAAGCGUGCUUGAAAAAUCGGACCACUAAAUUUUUUUUACCUACUUUUUAUUCUUCUACCUAAUUAAUUUGUGUUCAUUUAAAUGUACACACAACUGAUACAACGAUAACUCACAACUGCACAAGUACACAAAAUGGACAUGUAUAUAUAUGUCCAUUUUGUAUCCAUCUAUAUAUAUAGUCGUAUGAUUAUGUGUUGUCAGAAAAUUAAAUAAUGAUCAUAAAAUAUACUUUCCCCAUUUGAGGAACAUUUCCGGUAACUUUUCCGGAAAGUGCUCAUCCCUAAUUAUAGCUAAUCGUCGCUCACUAAUCGUUUUUUCUCUGUGACAUCUCAAUCUUUUUACUCCUCUCGUUAAGCGGCUAUUAUUGGAUUUCGUUUUGGGCAUUUUGUCAGGAAAAUAGCGAUUUGAAAGAAUAUAAGUGAAAAACUAGUAUGUAGUGGACAAUGUAGUGGUUUCGUGUGAGCGAUUUCUUCUAUGCGCGAGUAACAGCGUUAGAAUUAUUUACUUUGUAACUUCAAAAAUACUGAAAUCGCGAUUAACAAAUGGUGGUUGGGGGAUAGAAGGGUAAAAAUACUACGACCUAUUCUCAUAUCUACCAAAUAUACAAAACAAAUUUCAUUGAAGUCGGUCGAGCCGUUUUGGAGGAAUGCGACCACAAACAAUGUGACACGAGAUUUUUAUUUAUUAGAAUUGUUUAAUAUUGUACCUAUUUUCCCUUUUUUCCUACAUUUUCCCCGGUUUUCACAUUUGUUGAGAAAAUCGAAAAAUAAUCUCAUUAAGGUACCUCCCCACACCAAUUUACUUUCAGAAAAAGUGCUAUACUUGUAAAUCGGAGCAAGAUUUCUAGUAGAAAAAUUGUCCAAUGAAAAAUGAAUGAAUAAAUAAAUAAACAUCUUUGUAAAACCAUAAUCUUCUUCGCACUACUCAGAAUCUAAAAUUUGAUUGAAAAUUCGUCCUUUAAGUAUCUAAAUAAAUGUAAUUUUCGUUGACCUAACUUAACAACAAAAACAAAAAAAAAAAUGAUUCUGUAUAGUGCAAAAAUUAUCCUGUAAAAAAUUAUUUUUCUAAAUUUAAAUUAAUAAAUUUUCUGCUUUGAAAUCUGAAUACGAUGAUAAGAUUAUUUUUUUUUAAAUUGUGAGCUCAGCAAGGAAUGGAAUGAUUUUACUAGAAUGUUUUUUUUUUUUUACUUUUCUACCAUACAUAUAAAUUUCACCAUGUUGGUUAGGUUAUGUAUUUCUAGUUGGUGUUACCAACUAAUAAAUGACAAAAAAGCAUUUUUAUAAAAUUUUGGAUCUAGUUAAUAUAUACGAGACGUCAUUUUUUGAUUUUCGUUGUACUCUUCUCAGUAUUUGGGGAAUACGGAUCGUUUAGGGCAAUAAUUGUUUCCUUAUUUUCGAUUUGGAUUUGUUUAACUCUCUUAAAAAUAAUUUUAAGAGACUUGAAGUUUUCAUAAAGUAUUUUAGUUAGGCUUUUCUAAACGUAGCAACAUUUUAAACCCAUUCUGGCGAUUUUUAACCUAUUUAUAGAUAUUUUACUCUAUCGAGUUUUUUGUAGAUUGUAUUUGGUUUUAUGUUGAUAAAAUUGUUUUGGCCGUGCAUAAUUGUUGGGCAAUUUUACACAAAGUUUAUUAUAAGCUGUUCUUAGUGAUAAAAAAGCUGAGUGUUAUAUAGUAAUUUUUAGAUUUUGAGUGGAGCGAAGAAGCUUAUGGAUUUGCAAAGAUGUUUAUUUUUUUUAAUUUGUGUGCAAUUUUUUUACCAUAAGACUUGCUCAGAUUUUUAAAUGUAGCACCUUUUCUAAAACGAAAUAGGUGUGGGAAAGCACUUUAAAUUUGAAAAACAAAAAAAAAAAGAAGGAGAAUAAACUGGAAAAUGUACGAAAUAUAUUACUAAGUUAUUACGAUUUUUUUUCCUGUGCACAACUUUUCAACCAGCAAUUUUGCUCCAAUUUAUAAUAAUAACAAUUUUUCUGAAAAAAAAUUUGACUGGAAAGGUACUUUAGGGAGGACAUUUCCCAGCAAAUGUGAAAAAUCAGGAUAAAAUAUGGGAAAAACGUAGGAAAACUGGGAAAAUCGGUACAAAUUAAACAAUUAGUAUUAAAGAAAAUAUAAUAUAAAGCCUAUAUAAUUAUUUUACUAUAAAAUGACAUAUAUAUAUAUAUAUAUAUAUAUAUUGUUGCCAAAGCAUCAUUAUCAACUGAACUCCGUUCAGAAUCGGUUUUUCGUAAGCAAUGGUUUAUUGUUGCUUACAAGUAUACAUUAAAUUAUCUUUAACAGUAGCUACAUGAGUCUCCAUUAUACUAUUUAUAUACAAUUUUGACGAAAAAUAUAAAAAUCACGACAUUUCAAAACAUGUUUAAUCAAAACAUGACUCAUAGUUUUUUUUUUUAGUAAUAAUUCGUAAUGAUUUAUUAUUGCCUACAAAUAUAAAUUGAUUACUUACCUAACUCUAUACAUUCUAUCUUUUUAGAUUUUUAAUUUCCCACCCUAUAACAAUGGGACAUUGAUUUUCCCAUAAUUUGUUCUUAUAAUAAAUGCGAAAAAACGUAAAAAUGUACGAAAUGUUUUAUAUUUUCAAUUUUAGAUUCUGCGUAGCCAGAAAUGUAUUGAUUUUACAAUUAUGUUUAUUUAUUUAUUUUGAUUUACAAUAAUAGCACUUUUUAUGAAAUGAAAAAAUCUGACUGGUGUGGUACUUUAGGGGAGUUAAUUUUUGAUUGUCCCAUGAGUUUUCCCAAUUAAUGGGAAAAUCCCGUAAUAACGGAAGAAAUUAGUAAAAUAUACGACAUGUAUUAGAAGAAUAUUUUAAUAUCAAAUGUUGAUGAUACUCGUAAAUAAUAACGUCCUAAUUUGUAAAUACUACAAAGCAACACUUUUCACCAAACUCUACUCAGAAUCGUUUUUCGUUUGCAAAAGUUAAUUGUUGCGUAGAGAUAUACAUUACAUUUCCCUUUUACCUAACCACUUCUCACCUACAACAAUGUCCCACCCAUCGUGCGAAGUAUGUCUGUGUAUCUUUUUAAUUUUACCUCUAAUGUUGAUUUAAAAAAUUCCAAUUUUAUAUGGUUAUCACGAUCAUUUGUCCCAGAUUUUUUCUGUAUACAUUUUACAUAGGAAGGUUCUAGAAAUAUUAGAUAUUAAUCACUCGAAAUAACCUCUCUGAUGAUUUUUACUAGGAGAAGUAUUUUUAUUAUUACAUUUUUGUUUGCUUUAAUUUAAAAGUUAGCUAGAAAUAUAUUAGUUUUAUCAUGAUUUAUUGACACAUACAAGUAUAAAUUAAUUACUCUAUAUAUUAUCCUGCGUUCCCAGCUUCCCAACUACAAUAGUGGAAUACCCAUCAACAGCAACCAGAAAUCUUGCUUUGAUCAUCAAAUAAAGCAUCUUUUCUGAAAUAAAAUUUUAACUUAUUGGUUAUAAGGUAAUUUUUAAUUUUCUUUGUUGUUUUCUUAAUAAUUAGCAUAAUUUUACAAUUCAGUUUGUUUUUUUUUUUAGUUCAGUAAAACAUAGUUUUUUAUUUUCUUGUUCAUUAAUCAUUUUGAUUGUAAUUUAUAAUAAUACAAUUUUUAAUUAACUUUAUCUAGAUACUAACUUUUAUAAGAAAUUAAUUAUUGUACAUAAAAUGAAAAAGAAUUUUCAUAACAUAAAACCAAAAUGUAUAUUGAAUAUUUGAAUAAUAAGCCUUUUGGAUAUUUAGACACUAUACGUAAAAGAUUGAUAUUUUGUAGUAUGUGCAGUUCUGUGAUUAUAAGGGGAGGAUUUGUAAUAAAAUACGUGCGUUAUUGCCAGUGGUGAUACUAGUUUGAAAUAAAUUUCUCACCUUUUUUUUUUACUUCUGCUUUCAAUAGGGUGUUUCUUUUGAGUACAUCUUUAUACCCCUUAGUAUGAGUUAGAUAGUGUAUAUCAUUUGACUCCAGUCAAAAUAUAUUUUUAUACCUUACUAUUUCACAGCAUAUUUUUUCAUUAAUCCAUUGUUUUACCAUAUUUUGUAUUUUAUUUAAGUAAUGAACAAUAUCAAUUUAUUCUAUCAUUUUAAUCGAGGUUCUAAUACACUUUCAUCUUUAUUGAAUAACGCAGCCACUUCAAUAAAUGAAAUGUGCGAUAAUUCUCAAUAUAAGUUAAAAAAUAUUAAUAACAAUGUUAAUACAUGUUCUUGUAUGUUACAUCUUAUUUUACUUCAGGUAAUAUAUCAAUAAUUUAUGAUUGUAGAUUUUAUUAUUAUAUAAGUUUUUUAAACUUAUAUUUGAAUUAUUAUAAUAUACUAACACAAUAAUAUUAGAUAUUUUAUAAGGCUAGUAAAGAAGGUUUUUAAAUGUAGGGAAUAUAAUAAAACUUGAUUUGGUGAGUUGGGUAAAACAGAAUAUUAAUUAAUUCCUUAGGUCUUUUAAAGUAAUUAUAAAUUUAUUAUUUGUAAAAUAAAUUUUAAAUUGUGUUAUUUAGGAAAUUGCUGCUUUAAGAAAAGAACUAACUCAAACACGUGAUCAACUAGCUGCAAGAGAUGAAGAAAUUGCUGAAUUAAAAGCUGAAAGAAGCAAUACAAGGGUACCUAUAUAUUUUUAUUGUUGUCUUUUUAUUCCUUAUUAUUAAUUAUUUUAAUUUUGUAAACUUUAGUUGUUAUUAGAACAUUUGGAAAGUUUAGUAUCUAGACAUGAACGGUCAAUUCGAUCGACCGUCAUUAAAAGGCAAACAAACCAAAAUCCACAAGCAUAUUCGGGUGUUUCUAGUGAGGUAGAAGUACUAAAAGCACUUAAAAGUCUUUUUGAACAUCAUAAAGCUCUUGAUGAAAAAGUAUGUAUUGAAAGUGUAUGAGUAAAUUAUUUUGACAAUGUAGAUUUGUAUUUGAUGUGAGUACACGUGGUCACAUGCUGGUACCCUAUGUGGUGUACCCACUUUUUAUUUUUCGAAAUAUGCGUAUACCCAUAAAAAAACAAAAUUAAAAAGUACACACAAUUUUCUUUUGUUGUGUACCUAUUCAUAUACCUUUCAACUUUGCUUUAACUUAAUGUUUAUAAAAGUAAAUGGAAUCCUGAACAAUAUGUCAUACUACUGUAAAUGUUAAAAGAUCCUGAAUUUUUAACUUUUUUAUGGUUUGUAUAUUAUAUUCAUACAUUUUUUUUACGAUUACAACAUUGAUUGAAGAUUUAUUACUAAGUAUGAAUAAUCUUUGAUGAACUUCAAUUAAUUUAUUAAAAUGUCAGUAUAAAUAAUCCACUAGGUAUUUAUAACAUGCUGAACUUUUUACUGAAGUAAUAUUGUUAAUCAAUAUUUAUACUUGCUCAAUAAAAAUUAGUUUUUUUCCCCAAAAAAAACGUACUUUGAAUUCUUAAUAAAGUCUUAAUAUUAUCAUAUAAUUAAGUAUUAUAUUGUGUAGCUCUACUACUCAUAAGUAGUACAAAUACAAUUUCAAUUUUAAAUAAGUGAUUUUUAUAAUAAUGUUUACUUUUUUAUUUUUUACCAAUAGCUUAAUCAACAUAAUUAAAAAUAAAUAUUUUGUGUUAUAUAGUACUAUUUGUUUGCAGUCAAAUGAAAUAUUUAUAUUAAUUGUAUUGUAUGUUUUCAAACAGGUUAGAGACAGAUUAAGAUAUGCAUUAGAAGCUAAUGCUAAACUCGAAGAAAAAUUAGAAAGUACUAUGCAAGAGGUAUUUAUUCAAUAAUUAAAAUUAAAAUUAAAUUGUGUUAUUAUGUGUAAAGGUUUCAAUUUUUUUAAGUUAAUCUCGUUAAUAUAUUAACAAGUAUGUUCUUGUAGCUGGAUGUAUUAAAGUCGGGAGGUAAAACUGAAGAUGAUUCCAUUACCCAAGAAAACGGAAGUGCUGACAAUGUAGAUGGGUCGUGCUCUCAACAAACAACUAUAAAAGUAAUUUUCAUUUUAUUCUUAAAUAGCACCAUUAGUAGACAAAUUUGAUUACUUUAUCUUUAUAUGUAUUAUUUUUAAAGUUACAAAAUGUAGAUUAUAGAUUGCACAUAUAAUACAUAAAAAUAAUUUUCAUUUGAGCCAAAUUAAUUAUUUAUUGUAUAGUUUACACAAAAUUAAUGUAUUGUUAUUUAUAGUUUAGUAAUUCAAUUCAUUUCAUUGUAUGUUAAAUAAAAUAAUACAUUUUAAAAAAGGUAAGAUAUGGAUAUUAUUCAUACACUUUUAUGAAGCAUAUAUUUUAAAAACUGUUCUAAUGCUAUGAUAUGGUUUUAUAAAAUUCAUUACUAUAUUGAAAUUAUUAUAUCAAGAGUAAUUUAUUUACAAAAUACGAGUUUUUAAAAUUAUUACAUUUAAAUAAUACUCAAAAUGACAAUUUUGGGCUUUCUAGAAAUUAAUCUUUAUAUAUUUUUUAUUUUUUCAUGAUUUUAAGUUUCUUACACUAUGUUUAAAGUAUUUUGUUUUCUAUUUUUUAUAACAUAAUAUUGUAUUUAUUUAUUCAAAAUUUAGUGUGGUAAUUAUCUUAGAUUCUUAUUCUAAAUUAAUACAACAUUUAGCAUUUAUGAUAUUGGUUUUGUUAGUAACAUAUAAAUAAAUUGUUUUCAAAAAACCCCACUUAAGUAAAUAUGUAUAUAUCUAGGAAACCAUAAAUUUAUUAUUAUUUAUUUAUACAUACAUCCAAAGAAUUUUAGUUUUAUUUGGAUUUUAUUAAAAAGAAAAUUGGUAAUUUUUAAAAUCAAAUUUGUUUUGUUAUAAUAAUUUAUAAAUAAUAAUAAUUAUAAUAUAGAAAACAAUAUAUUAUAAAAUACUCCACUCAAAAUUAUUUAAAUAACAAAAUUGGAUAGUAUUAACUUUUCAUUCAGUAAAGGCAAUAUUGUGCUGUUUUGUGUGUUUGUAUGUUAGUUUUUCCCAAAAUUUAAUUUUUUUUUGCGAGAUACAAGUAUGUAAAAUAUUACAAUUUAUAAAAAUUAUCUCACUUCAGAAUUAAAAUAUCUUUAAAACAUGUAUAAACACUGACAAUGUUCUUACCUAUAAAUUUAAUAAUCUAUUAUUAUUUCCCUCUAAUAUUAAAACUUAAAACAUACAAUUAUUUCUACUGACUGAAAAGAGGACAUCAUCCAAUUUUCAACAUUCAAAAUAACAUAUAUAUAUAUAUAUAACCACUAUACGAUUUUGUAAUUUAAGUUACUUUUACGUGGCAUGUUUUAAAACUUAUGACCAUGUACAUUAUUAUUAUUUUUUAUUUACAAUUAUAAAAAAAAAAAUUGAUUUAAAAAUUAUCAAUAUGCUUUUAUAAUAAAAUAUUUUUUUAAUUUUCAAACCAAACCUUCUAUAAUUUUUAAAUUUAAUUUAAAUGAUUAUUGUAGUAUAUUAAUAAUCAUUUAUUUUAUAUUAUAUAUUUUAUUGUGGUAAAUUAGUUUGAGUUUAUAAAAUGAUAAUGCUAGCAUGAGUAUUUUUAAGCAUUUUGUGUAAAGUGAUUAAUUUGCAUGUCAGAAUAGAACACUGAAUGGGCACAUUGCUGAAACUACUGAGUAUGCACAAGACGAAAAACUAGUCAACAUAAAUGGGGAAAAUUGUGUUAAAAAUAGUAAUGAUAAUGAGGUUUGUCAUAAAAAAAAAUAUAUAUAUAAUCAUUAUUAAAUAGUCCACAAAUAAAGGUAUGUUAAUUUAUAACAUUUUUUUGUGUUUUACAUAGAAUUCUGAAUACGGCACAUGGAAAAUGAAUGAGUUGUCAAGUCGAGUGUCUGAACUAGAGGACUCACUUUCAAAAACACAAAGAGAACUUCAUAAAUCCCAAGAAAAUAGUAAUAAUUUACAUCAUGAACUAAGAGAAAACAUUUCAAUCAAAGAAGAACAGGUAAAUUGGAAUGUAUAAUUAAAAAUGUAUAGUUAGUAUAAUUUUAUAAAUAAAAAAUAUGUUGAUAGGAAGAACGGAUAAGUUCCUUAGAAAAAAAAUAUUUGAAUUUGCAACGAGAAUCCACUUCAUUGCACGACCUAAAUGAUAAAUUAGAACAAGAACUCCGACAUAAGGAAGCUCAGUUAAAAGUAUGUAUUAUUCUAUUGAUUUUAUUUUAUUGUAUAUAAUUGGAAGUGUUUUAAUUUUGUAUAAUAUAUUUUUUAGUUACAAGAAGAAAAGACUCGCGCUACUCAUGAAAAAUUAGAACUAUGUGAACAAAAAUUGGCACAAUUUGCAACCCUACCUGAAAUAGAACAAGAGUUAAAACAAAGAAUGGAAGCCCUUACCCAGGUAAGGGCGCAGGUACGAGUUUCGUUCAACAGUCAUCAAAUUUUUUCUCAAUUUUAUUCUUUUCAUUUUUUUCACCCAACCUGUUGUCGAACUCGUAUUAUUUAUUAGUUUAGACUAGUCAUAGCAUAGUUUAUUUUUUAAUAUUCAAUUUUUGUAUUUUUGAAUACAUACCAUUUUACUUCUUCUAUAUUUAAUGCUUUAAGCACAUUUUUUUAAUUCAUGGUUAUCACAAUAAAAUAUAUAUAUUUUUAUUUGAUGCAUACAUAUCUUUUGGAUAUUUGUAAAUAAUAAAUUAGAUAGUAUUUUUUCCAAUAUAUUUAGAUGCUAUUUGUAUAAUAUUUUCAUUUAUUGACUUGAUAGUUUUAGAUAACAAUUAGAUAUUCCAUUCUAAUUUUAAAAAUUAUGAGGAACAAUAUACAUCAAAUAGGACGAACCAAUAAUUUUCUCGAAAGAUUUUAAGAGAAUUUAAAUUCUGUUUUUAUAUAUAUAUAUGGAAUAUAUAUAAAAUCUUUGAACAUUUAUUUUAAUACUUUUUUUAAUUUCACACCGGCUCUUAAUAUCUUAAAUCUUGAAUUUUUCAAACACCCUUUUUUAACACAGAUUAGAACAGAGAAUACAAAUCUACAAAUUGUAUUGUGUAUACCACUAAUAUCAGGUAUAUGGUUUAUUAGUUAUAAUAGUUGAAUCAUUUAAUAUAUAGACUGGAUUAGAAAAGAAUUGUUUGAAGAAGUUUGUUAGUCUACUAUUUAAAAUCUCAUAAAUGUAUACUGAUUUACAGCAGCGGAUAUAUCCUAUUACUGAGGGAGGGAGGCAAAAUUUAAAUCCAUAAUAAUGGUGGGUAAUGGAGUUCAACUCAAAAAAAUAUGAAAAUUUAAAAAAUUGUCCUUAGUUCUUCCAUUGAAAAUGUUUGAGUACACUGCUGUUCAAAACCUCUUCUAUUUCAAUAGAUUAUACUCAAGUAUUUCAUAUUUAAAAUAUUUAUUUAGAUACCAAUAUGGAAACAUACCAAUGUACCUAACUAUAUUGACACAUUUUUAUUAGUAUAAAUAUUUUGUUUUUAAUUUAAAAAGUCGUCUUUUGGAAGGUACACAAUAUAUAUAUAUUAAUAAGCAGAAUAUAGAAAAAAAAAUAAAAGUUUCGGUGCUUAUACAAAAUCAAACUUCUGAGAAGUUCAUUUUCCAUUUGGGAAAAUAUCAAAAUUAUGUAUAAAUAAAUGUACUACAACUAUUAAUAUAUAAUUUUUUAAGUAUUAAGUUGUAGGUAAUAACUAAUAAAGUAUAGUGGUGAUGAAAAUCUCAAGAGGGGCACCUCACCUAUCACCCUACUCCUUGAUAUCCACUACUGCUUAUUUAAGGGGCAAAAAUUAAGAGUAAAUUAUGUUAAAAUAAUCUUAAAAGGUUCUAUAAUGAUUGAAAAACAUUAAUAAAAUUUACUCAAAAUCUUCUGAAAAAAACAUUUGGUUAUGAUAAAUGGAUCAUCACUGUACAAUGUACAAAUUAUCUAGUUGCAAAUUUUUAUAACAUAAUAUUUAGACAUAACCAGAACAUAUUUAAUUGUUUACCAAUUUUAUAGUUUUAAUAUACAUUUUGUGUAUUAUACUAUUAUAUUGUGUAUUUAUGUAUAAUAUCUUUAUAUAUUUUAUAUUAAUAUAUAUUAUUUUUCUAGUAAGUAUUUACUCCUAAUUAAAUUAAUUUGUAGUCUAUUGAUUAAUGAUUAUUGACUUUAAAUCAGUAUUUAUAACAAUAUCAAUUAUAAAUUAAUUAUUAAAAUUAUUAUUUGCCUUAAUUGAAAAUAUCAUUAUUUCCUAAGAGGAUUAUUAAUUAUAAUUUAAAAAUGAAUUAGUUUUCUAAAUAAUAUAGUAAACAAAAAUUAGGGUUGUGUGAAACACUGACUUCUUUAAACUUCAAAUUCAUACCCAUACUUAUAAGUUAUAAUCUUUUAUUAAAUUAAAUUAGUAGUUUUAUUAAGUUUAUUAGUGCAUACAAUUUUCAUUUCUCUAUUUGUAUUUAUAUUAAUAAUUAUGUAUUUAUUUUAAUAGCAUGAUUUUAAUUUAAAUGCUUUGUCAUAGGGGUUGUAGUGUGUGAAUCAAAUUCACCCUCUCAAAAAAAUGUCCAUACAAUAAUUACACAAGCAUAAUUAUUGUUACUCAGAUCUAUUAUAAAAUGAUGCCAAUCAGACAUUUUAAUAAAUAAUAAUAAUACAAACUUUAAACUAAAACUAAAACAAAUAAUCAUGCACUCUAAAGAAAUUUAAAAAGACACUAAAUAUAAAGUUCAAUACUAUGUAAGUUAAAGACGUUCAAACUCAUCCCUAAAAAAUAAACAUUAUGGUGCUUCAUCUAUACAUUAUUGCAAUGUUGUGGCGCUUGGAUUAUUUUACUAUCAUCUAUAAUUAUUAGUUAAUACAUUAUCACCGGUCAAUAUUUCUUGUCCAUGUUACAAUUUCAAGAGUUAAAAAAUAUAUUUAAAUAAGAAAUAUUUAUUUAAUUUUAGAUGUAUUAAAAUAUUUGUCAUAUUUCAUUUAAUUUUAAUUAAUAUUUUCUUUAUUAUAAUUAAAAAUAAAAAUGUAUAUUUUUUUAUUACUUUACUAUGUAUAUAAAUAUAUAAUACAUAUAUAUAUAUAUAUAAAUUCUUAAAUAAAUACGAUAAAAAUAAAUUGUUCAGGCUCAAGAAAGGCAUGGUACAGCAGAAGAUCGUAUUCAAAGGUUAGAAUCGCAGGUAGAAGAGAAAAAUGCUGAAGUAAUGAGAGUCAAUCAACGAUUAAAAAUGAAUGAAGAACACAAUACAAGAUUGUCUGCUACUGUUGACAAAUUAUUAUCAGGUAAUUAUAAUAAUAAUUUAAAGUUAUUAUUUUUAAUUGUGUAUUUUUAUUUUUAAUUAUUUAGAAUCUAAUGAACGUCUUCAAGUACAUUUAAAAGAACGUAUGCAUGCUUUAGAAGAAAAAAAUAUGCUUACUCAAGAAUUAGAAAAGUGUCGUAAAUUAGUGGAAGAAUUACAAACAGAAAAGGUAAUACUACAGUAAUUAAAAAAGUACGUCUCUUAAAACUGAUACUCAUGAAACUCAAGAACACAAAACCAAUUCCUGAUAUUAUUAUCAUUAUUUUGAAAAAACAUUUUUUUAACAAAAGUUUAUAAAAUAAUUGAUAAUAAUUGUAGUUAACAAAAACCAUGCAUAAUAUUGGCACAGGACUAAAUUAAUUUUUUAUUUGUGUAUAUUAUAUUGUAUAAGUAUAAUUAAAUUAUGUUUAUUCCAAUAUUAUUUAGACUGAAUUAUUGAAAGAACUCGGAAAGGCACGCAUGGAAAUUGAUAACAUUAAAAGGCAAAUGCUCCAACAAGAGAUAGCUUUCAAUAUUCAACAGACUGAUGCUUUAACGAGGUUAAUAAAAAUCUAUUAAUUUAUUGAGUUUGAUUAUUGAAAAUUUAAAAUAUACAAAAUGUAUAGGAGUUUGUCACCUGGUGGUCCUGACCAAAGUGGUUUUGUUCAGAGUUCUAGUCAACAUUCAAACUUUGAUACACAUUCAAUAUCGCGGCGCUCAAUGAAGUCCAGAAUGUCUCCUAUGGAAUCAAAUCAUGCUAAAGUAAUAUAAUAUAUUUUGUUUGUAAUUAUUACAAUUAUUACUGUACAUUUAUUUAUAUAUUUUAUAGGAAUGGGAAAAAUUACAGCAAGCACAGGUUUUAGCUAAUGUACAACAAGCAUUUGAUGCUUCUAGUGAUGUGGAUAUGGAUGGCGGUGAAGAUGAUCUUGAAGAUGAACCUAAUAUGUAUUGUGAAACGGGUGAACCACUUUCUCCUUCAGCAGCUGAUGCACAGACACUAGCUUUAAUGUUACAAGAACAAUUAGAUGCAAUUAAUACAGAGAUUAGACUAAUUCAAGCCGAAAAACAAAAUACAGAAGCACGAGCUGAAGAACUUGAAUCUAGAGUUGGUAGCAUGGAACAUGUUAAUUUGUUGUCUAGAAAUCGGAAUUAUGAACGGCAAUCACCUCCAGCUAGUGGCCGGUCUACACCCCAGAGAGAAUAUUUACAUAAAUAUCAUUCUGUGAGUAUACGUAUUAUUAGUAUUAUUAAUAUGAUAUUUAAGGAGGAACUCAAGGAUUUUUUUUUCUAGUUAGUAACUUUAAUAAAACUAAAAGUUAUUUAAAAAAAAACUUGACAAUAUUUAGUCAGUUUAAGACCAGAAAUAAUGCUCUUUGAGUUCCUUUCCAGUUGUCUAGGUUUUGUACUUAAGAGAUUGUAACUCAAAAUAUUUUAUAAUCCAAACAUGUUGAUUGACAUGCUGUUAUUAACUGAUUUUUUAAAAGUUAUUAUGGUUCAAAUUUAAAACUAAAAAGAGGUAAACUUUGAACCCACUAAUACAAUUUGUUGUUCUUUUUCAAAUUAUUUUGUGAAACCUAAUAUAAGGUUAUUCGUACAUAUUAUAAAUGUAUCAUUUGUAAAAUAUAUUUGAUAUGGGUUUUUUUUUAUUUUAGCUUCAACUCAAUGAAGAAGAUGACAUUGGUAUGACAUCAACACAAGAUAAUAACGGUGCUGCAAGUCCAUUAACAGCACGUUCAAUGAGAUUAGAGCGAGUUGCACAAGCUUUAGCACAUAGUCAAGAAGAAUUGCGACGGUUAGCCUUGAUUUUUAGUAUGAUUUUUAAAUAGAUUUUUCAAAGGUUUUUUUUGUUUCAUAUUCUAGACGGGCCGGCAUUAAUACUGUUCCAUCUACAUUGAAUAUGAUAAAUUAUAACCCAUCAUCAUUAAGGUAUGUAUUUGAAAUCAAGUGGUUUAUUAUUAGAAACUUUAAAUACGUUUGAAAACUUACCUUAGUAUUGUACAUAAUACAUUAUACUAUUUUGUACAUAUAUAUUUAAUUCAUUUUCUUGGCACACAUGCCAAAAAAAAAGCACAAUAUUUAAUUAAGUGAAUGAUACAAAUGAUUUAGUAACUCUAUCCUUUUAUUAUUUGUUUGUCUGUGAUACAUAAUUAAUUAAUUUAUAAAAUGGUAUACACAUGGAAUUGAUCAGUCAUCUCUUUUGUAUAUAGACAACUAUAUUUUUAAAUAUUAGCUGUACAUAACCCUCCCUUAGUGCUUUUUAGAUAUUUGUAGUAGCCGUUGGUUUGGGUUUGUAAUAUAGGGGUGCCAGUGGGUUUUCUACCCCUCCAUCACCGUUGUCCUCUCGUCACAGCAGUCAAGAUUCAUUGCACCAUGGUCCAACGUUGAUGGGACAAACGGGCACUAGUUUGUCAAGUUUAUCGAGUGCCUUCAGUGUUAAUCAAAUACCGCCAUAUCAUCAUACGUUGCCAUCAUCAGUGUCAGCAGCAGCACAAAAAAAAAAGGGAAUAAAAUCAUCUCUUGGAAGAUUCUUCAGUAAAAAAGAAAAGGUAUUAUCAAUUAUUAUGCUUGUUGUACCUCGUUGUAUUGACUUAUUUUUUUUUUAUAAAUCAACUUUUAUUGACAGCAAGGAAAAGGUAAAGAAGGAAUGAGUGGUAUGAUGAGUCACAUGUCUUCAUCUGAUAUGUCAUUAGCCAGUUCAUUUGCUGGGGAUGAUACUUCUAGUUUGUGCAGCGCUAGUUUAGGACAGAAAGGAGACUUUGAUCGAAGAAAAAAGAAAAAGUAAACCUUAUAUAUUUUGUAUUUUGUAUUUAAUAGUUAUCAUAUUAUUAUUUUUAUGUUUAAUAGACACGAAUUACUCGAAGAAGCAAUGAAAGCCGGAACUCCCUUUGCUUUAUGGAAUGGACCAACUAUUGUCGCUUGGUUAGAACUAUGGGUCGGGAUGCCUGCAUGGUAUGUGGCUGCUUGUAGAGCUAACGUUAAGUCUGGAGCCAUUAUGAGUGCAUUGUCGGAUACAGAGAUACAAAGAGAAAUUGGUAUAAGCAAUCCAUUGCACCGUCUAAAGCUUAGAUUAGCUAUUCAAGAAAUGGUUUCUUUGACAAGUCCAUCAGCCCCGGCCAAAUCUUUGCGUUCUACUUUAGCUUUUGGUGACAUGAACCACGAAUGGGUUGGUAACUAUUGGUUACCAUCACUAGGAUUACCACAAUACCGAUCAACAUUUAUGGAAUGUCUGGUUGAUGCUAGAAUGCUUGAUCAUCUUACAAAGCGUGAUUUCAGGUCACAGUUAAAAAUGCUUGACGGUUUCCAUCGGUAGGUUCAACUUUUAUACUUAGAUCUGCAAUUUUAUUUAUUUUUAAUUUUUUUUUAUGUCCAUCUAUUUGAAUAGAACAAGCUUACAAUUUGGUAUAACAUGUCUAAAACGAGUGAACUUUGAUCGAAGUCAGUUGGAAGAAAGACGCCGUAUUGCUGAACAUGAAACAGUUGACAUAUUAGUGUGGUCUAAUGAAAGAGUUAUUAAAUGGAUAACCAGUAUUGGUUUGAAGGUAUGAAAGUGAUAAUAAAAAUUUGAAAUUAGAAUUAGAAUUCUGUUUUCUAUUAAAAUUUUUAGGAAUAUGCUAAUAAUUUAAUCGAAUCUGGAGUACAUGGUGCUGUAAUUGCGCUUGACAAGAACUUUGAAUCCAAUACACUUGCUAUGGUGUUACGAAUGUCUCCACAAAAUGCACAAGUAUGUGUAGGUUUUCAAUAAAAGAAAAAAUACAUACCAAUCUAUUUUUAUUUCUUUUAAAAUAGGCUCUUCAGGUUUUGGACACAGAAUUUAAUAAAUUACUGACCAUAUCUACAGAACGGAGAUUAGAUAGUAGUUGCAGUGAUCUCGGAGCUUCCUGAUAUUAUCCAUCUGCCUCUCAAGAUUAAAUUGAGAGGUACUGGUACUGACUGUUUAAGCUGUGCCACAUCAGCACUCCUUCAAGUUGCCUAGUAGUGAGGGUAGUUUUGCAUAUUUAAAAAGAAACAUUGUUUUAUUAUUUUCAUAUUAUUCUAAGAGGCAUUUUUAAGUUCAAAUUUAACUUUUGAAACUAUUGUGUUUUUUUUUUUGUAAUAUUAAUUGUUGUUAAGCUACAAAAAUCGUUAAUAACUUCAUGGGAAAAAUUACCAUUUAACUAAUUAUUCAUUAAUUUAUCACUUUAAUUCAUUAACAAUUUUUUUUUUUUUAAUACGUUUUUAUAACGUUUGUUAUAUGUGUAAAUUAAUAAAAUAAAAAUCUAAAUUAGUUUUCCGUGAAUGUUUCUCUAGACGGAAAGUAUAUAAAUAACCGAAUGUGCACAAUUUCUGUGAGAUUUCGUACCAAAGUAUUGUUUGUUUUAAUGUAUUAUGUGUAUACUAUUAGCAUUAAGAAGUACUUAACAUCACCAUGAUGUACUAAUUAGUGAACUAAAUAAGUAUAUAAAUUGUUUUAACAAAAAUCUCUGAUAUAUAUAACUGCGAUGCACAACAUAUAUAUUUUUAUCUUCCUUCGCUGUUUUCUUUCAGUUUGUUUUAAAACUGAAGUACUAAAAGUUUAAAAUUCAUAAGUUUUCAAUUACAAUUUUUUUUUUUUUUUAAAUUUAUUAUUUUCUUUCUUUUAUUUAUUUAUUAUUUGUAUUUAUUAUUAUUAUUUUUAUUUCGUUAGUGGUUAUUAUUGUUUAUAUAUCUUAAAUUUACAUCCUAUCCUGUUGUAGUAAUAAAUGUUUUCAUUAAAAAAUAUAUAUAUAUACAUGUAUGCAUUAUAUAUAAUAUUACAAACACUAUAUGAAUUGUUUAUAAUAAAAUAUAAAGUUUUAUAGAUAAAUGAAAAUAAUUUAUUCCGGUAGAUUCACCAGUUUGUUAUUGUGUAUUGGAAUAAAUUCAAAUACUUAGGCC